AUGCGACUCACGGGGUUUUGGAGCGUUAGAUGUUAUGAAGUUAGCUUCGAUUCGAUGGGUGAACCAGGGGUGGGGGAAAUCGGAGAAGAGGGAGCCACGCCUAGCCAUCGUCCAGCUCCGCCCACUCUGCCGCGCCUCUCGUCACCAUCAGGUUCAUCGUCGCCGUUUGUGGAGCCGCGAGGAGCAUCGCUGUCGAAGCCACGCCGAUCGUCGUUGCCCAGUCGUCGUUCUGCCUCCCACCAAGCCCGUGCCGCCACUGACGUCGCCGAACAGAGGAGGGCGACCACCACGAGGAGCCAUCGCUGUCCUUGCUCGUCGUCUCCCUUAGAUCCAUCGCCGCCUAGCCGUUUCUGUGAGCUCGCUGCCUCCUCGCGCCAGUCACCAUCGCUAUCGGUGAAGAGGAGCCAUCGCGCUCCGCCGAUGACCAGCCUCCAUCAAGCUUCGAAGAGAGAGAGAAAGACAGUGCGCGAAGAUGAGAGAGAGAGGGGAAGCCGAUCCAGUCACCAUCGCCGCACCCAAUCGCCAUCAUCGUCACGGGAGCCUGUCGUUGUAGCUGGUAUGAGUCACCGCCACUGCUGUUGCGAAGCCACCGUCUCCGUUAGUUGCUCAGCCUUGUCUCUGUUUUUGGUUUCCCUUUUGUGUGCCGAAGUCGCUGCUGCCGUGAUGGUGGACGUGGGGUUGCUUGUGCCUAAACAAAGCUGUUACUGUUGCUGCUCCAUUCCUUUGUUCUUUUCAAGUUUUAGUAUUUCUGGCUGAAAUUGAGGGACCUGAGCAAAAAUCUGAUUCAGGCUGAAAAAGGACUGCUGAUGCUGUUGGAUUCUGACCUCCCUGCAUUCGAAAUGGAUUUUCUGGAGCUACAAAACUCUAAAUGGCGCGCUCUCAACGGCGUUGGAAAGUAGACAUCUAGAGCUUUCCAGCAAUAUAUAAUAGUUCAUACUUUAUUCGAGAUUUAACGAUGAAAACUGGUGUUCAAUGCUAGUUCCAUGCUGCAUUCUGGAGUCAAACGCCAGAAACACGUCAUAAACCUGAGUUAAACGCUAGAAACACGUUACAACUUGGUGUUUAACUCCAAGAGAAGCCUUUGCACGUGUAAAGCUCAAGCUCAGCCCAAGCACACACUAAGUGGGUCCCGGAAGUGGAUUUCUGCAUUAAUUACUUAUUUCUGUAAACCCUAGUAGCUAGUCUAGUAUAAAUAGGACAUUUUACUAUUGUAUUAGACAUCUUGGUUUCGUCUUUUGUCUUAGCAUCCAUCUUUGGAUGUUUAGUUCUUAGACUUUGGGGGCUGGCCAUUCGGCCAUGCCUGGACCUUGAUCACUUUUGUAUUUUCAACAGUGGAGUUUCUACACACCAUAGAUUAAGGGUGUGGAGCUCUGCUGUACCUCGAGUUUUAAUGCAAUUACUACUAUUUUCUAUUCAAUUCAGCUUAUUCUUGUUCUAAGAUAUUCAUUGCACUUUAACUUGAUGGAUGUGA